AUGCGCACAAAGACCGGUGUCGCGUCGACUGGGACUUUCAACAAUCUACCACGGCUCCCAGUUCCACCAUUACGCAAAACUCUCGACCGGUACUUGAAAUCCAUAGAACCCUUUCUCCUCGAAGACGAGGCCAAGGGUGGUCAGCCGUUCUACGACGCGCUGGCUCUACGAACAAAAUGGGCUGACGAGUUCGAGCGCGGGAUAGGGACGGUGUGCCAGGAGCGAUUACUAGCGCUGGAUAAACAGUCACCACAUAACUGGCUAGACGAUAAUUUCUGGCUAGACAAGGCCUAUAUGGAAUGGCGGGCACCGCUUGUUGUAAACUCCAACUGGUGGCUUGUUUUCGCCCACGACAAGGGUAUACCCCAACCACAAAUCAAUGGGACCAAUGGCACUGGUAUCACCCCUUGGCAGGUCCGUCGUGCAGCGUGGCUCGUUCAUAGAACGCUCCAAUAUAAAGAUACUAUUGCGGCCACAGGGAGCUCAGAUAAUACGCGAACAGGGAUAUGGCUGCGAGAGAACAUUGCCCGCGUCUUCAACGUCUGUCGAAUCCCUCGGCCGCAGCGCGAUGUCUUAGCCCCGCCGCCGCCACCAUCCUCGGCUGCAACACGAUGUAUCAUCGUAACUGUGCACAACUGGUUCUACCUUGUGGAAGCAUUCGUAGACCGGGAAUUGCUGCCGGUCUCAGCCCUUGAGCAGAAUUUGCGCGCGGUAGUACGAGAUGCUAGGCAGCGGCUUCAGCGCGGCGAGAAGGCUCCCCGUAUUGGCGCCCUAAGUGCCGACGAGAGAGAUAAAUGGGCUGCCAAUUUAUCCCAUUUAUUGUCCGUCUCGGAACAAAAUAGACGAACUCACGAAUCAAUUGUCCAUUCUCUGAUAGGCCUCAGCCUCGAUGACACUACUCACUCCCUUCGUCGUUCCCCCAACGUUCUUCCCCCAACCCUCGGUUCUGCAUCCUCGUCCUUCGACCCGACGCACCCCGGCCAACUAGAGCUAGACGCCCACCUCCAUACCAUUCGCUCAACCACAACUAACGUUUCUAAUCGCUUCUUCGACAAAGCUUACACCAUAAUAGUCGACCCAUCUGCUCGUGCUGGCGCUACCGGCGAACACUCGCCUGUCGACGCCCUCGUCCCCAGUAUAGUCGGGGAAUACUCUAUCGUUCAAGAUAUAGACCAAGGCAUGUUUAGCGAUACCCUCCCUUCCGACAUAGAAAGUACGUGGUUUGACAAUGCCACCGAUUCCAACGGCUGGUCGCGCUUGAACUGGGACACCGAUGUCUACAUCGAGAAAGAGUGCAACGACGCCGCUGCUCGAGCGAAGCUCAUUAUCGAAGAUUCUGACGACAGCGUGCUAUGGUUCCGCGACUACGGUACAGAUUGGAUCAAAACUGUUGCCCAAAUGGCACCCGACGCAUUUAUCCAACAAGCCUUGCAGCUCGCCUGGUAUCGCACGCGCGGCUCAUUUACAGCGACUUACGAAACUACCCUCACUCGGAUGUUCAAACACGGCCGCACUGAAACUAUACGAACUCACACCAAUGAAAGCCGGGCCUGGGUACUCGCAAUGAUGGAUCCCAGAUCCUCCCCUUCCCAAUGCGCGACCUUGCUCCACAGAGCUAUAGUGGCCCACACGUCACUCACGCGUGAGGCUGCGACUGGUCGGGGAAUAGAUAGACAUCUCAUGGGUCUACAGCUUCUCCUCAAACCGGCUGAGGGGGAACAAUCAGAAUUAUUCUCGGACAACGUAUUCCAGCGCUCGACUACUUGGAAACUCAGUACAAGUGGCUUAAGUGCUGGUUAUCUCUUUCGAGGAACAGGCUUUGGUGCUCAGUACAAUGAUGGAUAUGGGAUAAAUUACCUUGCAGCAGCUGAUCAAAUCAAAUUUGGUAUUGAAUCUAAGUAUGCUAGUCCUUUAACUUCAACAGCCCUUUUUCAAACUGCAGUUACUGAUUCGCUUCAUGAUAUGAAAUUACUGUUUGAGCCUGAGCAUCAACUCAUUAGUCAUUUAUAG